ACUCAAAUCAAAGCAACUUUUGAAAAAUUAGGGAUCUCAACAUGAAAACCUCGCUUUUUCCUCAUUUGAAGAUUCACUUCUUGUAUGAACCACGUUGCUGUCAGGGCUUCUGGUUUAUCAAGCUCCACCCCGACCAUGACUAUUCCUGAAAGCUCUCUCCACCUCCAGCCACCGGACCAUCUCCAUGCCUCUGUCAGGUUUGAUAUCUAGCCUCUAUCCUUUUUUGCUACACAACAACCAUGUAGAAGUAGUCCAUUCACCUCUUGCUGCUCACUUGCAAUUGCCACCAAUGGAGCAAAAGAAAGCAUCCAUCCACAGCCAUCACGCAUAGGAUUAGGAUCUCUCGCAGGAUUCACCACAUCUCCGAAGAUAAAUUCUACCAAAGCAC